ACUGACCGUAUUAGACGCUACCAUAUUCCCAUAUCCCAAGUUUAACGGAUACAUCAUUAUUCAACUUGAUUUCUCUCUCAUUCUCCAUUAAUUUUCACCGUUUUUUUCUCCAUUACCUCUUUCACGAUCAACAUUAGCAAAAGAUUCUUCCGUGAUUUUUGGGGAAUGUAUAUUUCUUUAGAUUUUUUCUUGCUCUGAUAGUGUACUUUCAUAUUUUAGUCUUUUUCUUUCCACCAAAUUCAAGUCAAUUGAAGUAUUAAAUUUCUAGGGUUUAAAGCAAUUGGAAGUUAAAUGCUUAUACAUUAAUGGUAGACGGAACAAAAUCAAACAUGGUUACUCGAGGUUCGGCUGAGAGAAUCAGUGCUGAAAGAAGGACAAAAAAUAAGCAUGAUCCUUCCCACAUUCAAAGGCAUAAAAAACCGGUAGUCACAAAAUCAACAAAGAAAUUAGAUACCGGAAAAGAGAUGAAGAGGAAAAAAGUCGUACAACAUGAAGCAGGAGAAGAGGAAGAGUUUGACCCAGCGAUGAAGCAGGAUGUUAAAUUCUUUGUACAAUAUCCGCCCAGUCAUGCAAUACGAUAUGCUUCUUACAUGAACCCGAAAGUUAAAAAAGAAUUGAAGGACAAGCUUACGGAUAGACAGUUUGAACUCUUUUCCGAGACUAUAUUUGGGAAAUACCUCGACAUGCAGCAUUGUGAAGUUCAACCACAGAUGUUCAGGUGUUUUAUGGUUAGAGAGCUGAAAAAAAGUACCCCAACUGCCUUUGUUAUUGAUGUUAAUGGUUUCGAAUUGACGUUCCAGCUUUUCGAUUUUGCAUUAAUGACUGGGUUGAAGUGUUUCGGGGAAGAAAUUGUCGUUAACUCUAAGAAAAAUAGACUGUUGGAUACAUAUUUUGGGGGUUCCAACAAAAGUGUGAAAAGGGGUGAAUUGCUUGAAUGCUUCGAGGAUCAGAAUUGGGGCGUCGACGAUGAUGCAGACGGACAUGCUGUAAAGAUUGCAUUACUGUAUUUUAUCCAUACAUACAUCCUAUCCGGUGAGAAAAACAAUGUAGUGAUUCCAAGGCUCCAUUUUGACUUGGUAGAGAGUGGGCGGUACGUAGACUAUACAUGGGGAAAGGAAGCGUUUGAUGAUUUGGUCAGAAGUAUUCACCAUAAGAUGGAUAAGACAAAACAGUAUUAUUGCCUUUGUGGUUUUCCGUUUGCUAUGCAAGCAUGGCUAUACGAGUGCUGCUCCAACGUUUCCCCAAAUUUGGCAGUAAAAAAUGGAGAUCGUAUUCCUAGAAUGUUCAACUGGAAAACUAUAGACGGGACUCCACAUUUUAAAGAUCUCAUGACUAGAAUGUUCAAUGAUGACGAGUCGAGUCGAGGUAAUUUGCACUCAUUAUUUUUAAUGCAAAAUUACAUGGAUGACCGUCUUACUUAUACGAAUAUUGUGGCGACCAUCAGUGAGAUUGAGAAACUUGGAUUGCGUCCAUAUCUCUCCGAUAAUUCUGCAUCGACAGGUCAACAACAGGUGGCGGAUGACUAUGAUGAUUUUAGUUCGACACCACCACGUUUUGCAAUCAAGCAACCUCAAAAUAAAGGUGUAUCACAAUCUCCACCUCACAAGAAGCCUGACGGAUGCCAAUGGUACCAUCGCCAUUGA